CAGGAAGUGAAGCGGUGCAGGACUCAGAGAAGCUUCACAGCUGACGCACAGAUCCAUGGGCAGCCAAUCACACACGAGCUGUGAGGAAGCAGGAAGGAAGAAGCAGCAGCCAGUUGACCAAUCAGAAAAGUCUGUCGUGCGGAGCUCCAGGCCGACUGUUAGGAUAUGUUUUCGGGAUCAAAGGGACGUCAUAACCAUGUCGUCUCCUGAGUUGUGCUGGCCGGUGCCGAUGCGAGCCAUCGGGGCUCAGAACCUCCUCACAAUGCCAGGAGGAGUUUCCAACUCAGGGUAUCUGCACAAGAAGGGAGGCAGUCAGUUCAGCCUCAGGAAAUGGCCACUGAGGUACAUCAUCCUCCACAAGGGCUGCCUGUACUACUUUAAGACUAGUACCUCUCCAGCACCACAGGGGGCGUUCUCGCUCAACGGCUACAACAGAGUGAUGCGAGCAGCAGAAGAGACGACGUCCAGUAACGUGUUUCCUUUCAAGAUCGUCCACUUCAGCAAGAGACACAGGACGUGGUAUUUUUCUGCCGCCAGUGAAGACGAGAGGAGGAAAUGGAUGCGAUAUCUGCGAAGAGAAAUCGAUCACUAUAACGACCGUAAAGAAGCUCAUAUUCCCAGUGACUCAGAUUCAGACGCUGACAGUUUCUAUGGAACAAUAGAGCGACCUAUGGACGUGAGACACACCGACAUCAACACGGAGGACGAUUACAUGGAGGAGGAUGAAGACGAUGAUGAUGAGGAAGACUACCUGAAGCCUGACAGCGACUGUUCACCCACGUCCUCAGGUCGACCUGCAGGGCCUCCGCCCUCCUACCCUCCUCCCCCGGUGCCGCCAACAUUCCGUCAGGACUCCAUUCCGACUUUUCUCAAAGGCCCGCCUCCUCCCAUCCCGUCGCAUCACAGGUCGCCAAACUCUGCACUCCCGACAAAACCGCUGCCCUCAUUCCCUCCCCCGUGUUUACUGAAGGAUCCUAACAAAGGCCCGCCUCCUCCUCUGCCCUUCGCUCCUCACCUGCACCAGCUUUUCUCCCUGGAACCUCCACCUCCUCCUCCACCCAACACAACCAAGAGAACUCUUCAGAGCAGAGCACCCUCCAGUGGGGAGUCUGGGACCAGCAAGAGAGAAUGGAGGCCUCUGCCACCAAUUUCAACCCAAUCCCCAGCCACUCUGCCCAUCUGUGAGCAGUUAGAGACCAGGAUGGUCCUGAACAGUCCGGCCCUCUGCUCCCUCAACGUGGGAGGAAGCCAGUCUCUAGGAAACAACCACAAACUGUCUCAUCAGCCAUCAAACGCUGCAGGAUCCAGACCUUUGACGCCAGAGUCCCGAUCCGUCAACCAGAUGUCGUCCUGUCAUCCUUCACUCGCUCCUCUCAUCAAACCUUUACUGCACAACAAAUCAGGACCUCCUAAAGCUCCUCCACCCUCAGCCAAACCCCCGCUGGCUUCAGCCAAGACCAUGCAACCACAACCCUCACUUCAAAGAUCAUCUCCAGAAGGUCAGAGCUUCCGCUCCUCAGGAGACGAGCUUCCCUCAGAGUACAGGUGGAAACGAGACUCACGCACAUGUGGAGGAGGAGAAGGAGGAGGAGACGAUUCUGACGACGACGACUACGAGAAUGUGCUGCUGCCGGACUCUGUGUUCAUCGACACCAUGGAAACAAGCUUUGUGGAAAAGUUAUUCAGAGAGCGCCCCCUACUGCCAGAGGACGGACUGUAUGGCAUCAGGAACUCUGGAACCAAAACAUCCAAGGUUCUCGUCGUGUGGGACGUCAGUAUCAGCAAAGCCAGGAACUAUCGUCUGUUUGACGACGGGGAGCGCUUGUUUCUGGACGGUGAACUGACCUUCUCUUCUCUGUCUGCUCUGAUUGAACACUAUCACAGUCAUCCUCUGCCUCACCAUGGCUCACUGUGUCUGCAGAAACCAUACACACACACACACACACACACACACACUCACUCUGAUCAGCACACACGUUGA